GACAUGGCUCCAUUAGUUACACCGUUCUCUCUCUCUCUCUACCUGAACCUCACCAGAGACCUAAUUUCCAGGACUAGGCCGUCCAGCAGGAGUUAAACCCUCUUCGGCACUCCGUUGACUGCGCCGAGAGGAGCCGCUGGAGCUGAGAGACGCCCCUCGCCGAGUGCAAGUCCGUAAUCAGGGAAGCACCACUUCCGCUGACGUCAUCACGGCGACACGUGGAUCCAAGAUGGCGGCGGCGAUGCAGGAUUGGUGGCUGUGGUCCCUGGCACUCCUCUCUCUCACAAGUGAAACAAGCGCCUUCUAUGUCCCAGGGGUUGCACCAAUCAACUUCCACCAAAACGACCCUGUAGAAAUCAAGGCUGUGAAACUCACCAGCUCUCGAACCCAGCUACCUUAUGAAUACUAUUCGUUACCAUUUUGCCAGCCCAGCAAAAUAACCUACAAGGCAGAGAAUUUGGGAGAGGUGCUGAGAGGGGACCGGAUUGUCAACACCCCUUUCCAGGUUCUCAUGAACAGCGAGAAGAAAUGUGAAGUGCUAUGCAGCCAGUCCAACAAGCCAGUGACCCUGACAGUGGAGCAGAGCCGGCUGGUGGCUGAGCGCAUCACGGAAGACUACUAUGUCCACCUCAUUGCCGACAACCUGCCUGUGGCCACCCGGCUGGAGCUCUACUCCAGCCGUGACAAUGAUGACAAGAAGAAGGAAAAAGAUGUGCAGUUUGAACAUGGCUACCGGCUCGGCUUCACGGAUGUCAAUAAGAUCUACCUGCACAACCACCUCUCGUUUAUCCUUUACUAUCACCGGGAGGACAUGGAAGAGGACCAGGAGCACACAUACCGUGUCGUCCGCUUCGAGGUGAUUCCCCAGAGCAUCAGGCUGGAGGACCUCAAAGCAGAUGAAAAGAGUUCAUGUACCCUGCCUGAGGGCACCAACUCCUCACCCCAAGAAAUUGACCCUACUAAAGAGAAUCAGCUGUACUUCACCUACUCUGUGCACUGGGAGGAAAGUGACAUCAAGUGGGCCUCUCGCUGGGACACUUACCUGACCAUGAGUGACGUGCAAAUCCACUGGUUUUCUAUCAUCAAUUCCGUUGUGGUGGUCUUCUUCCUGUCAGGGAUUCUGAGCAUGAUUAUCAUUCGGACCCUCCGCAAGGACAUUGCCAACUAUAACAAGGAGGAUGACAUUGAGGAUACUAUGGAGGAAUCUGGGUGGAAGCUUGUUCAUGGUGACGUCUUCCGGCCACCUCAGUACCCCAUGAUCCUCAGCUCCCUGCUGGGUUCAGGCAUUCAGCUCUUCUGUAUGAUCCUCAUCGUCAUCUUUGUGGCCAUGCUUGGGAUGCUGUCACCCUCCAGCCGAGGAGCACUCAUGACCACAGCCUGCUUCCUCUUCAUGUUCAUGGGGGUGUUUGGUGGAUUUUCUGCCGGCCGACUCUACCGCACUCUAAAAGGCCAUCGGUGGAAGAAAGGAGCCUUCUGUACGGCGACGCUGUACCCUGGAGUGGUUUUUGGCAUUUGCUUUGUAUUGAAUUGCUUCAUCUGGGGAAAGCACUCGUCAGGAGCGGUGCCAUUUCCCACCAUGGUGGCUCUGCUGUGCAUGUGGUUCGGGAUAUCCCUGCCCCUCGUCUAUUUGGGCUACUACUUUGGCUUUCGCAAGCAGCCAUAUGACAACCCUGUACGCACCAACCAGAUUCCCCGGCAGAUCCCUGAGCAGAGGUGGUACAUGAACCGAUUUGUUGGCAUCCUCAUGGCUGGAAUCCUGCCCUUCGGUGCCAUGUUCAUUGAGCUGUUCUUCAUCUUCAGUGCCAUCUGGGAGAAUCAGUUCUAUUACCUCUUUGGCUUCCUGUUCCUCGUCUUCAUCAUCCUGGUGGUAUCCUGUUCACAAAUCAGCAUCGUCAUGGUGUACUUCCAGCUGUGUGCAGAGGAUUACCGCUGGUGGUGGAGGAAUUUCCUCGUCUCUGGGGGAUCUGCAUUCUACGUCCUGGUCUAUGCCAUCUUUUACUUUGUUAACAAGCUGGACAUCGUCGAGUUCAUCCCGUCUCUCCUCUACUUUGGCUACACGGCCCUCAUGGUCUUGUCCUUCUGGCUGCUCACGGGCACUAUUGGCUUCUAUGCAGCCUACAUGUUUGUCCGCAAGAUUUAUGCCGCUGUGAAGAUUGACUGACUGGGGUGGCCCGUGGCCAGGCCUGCUGUGUCCUUGGACAGGAAGCCGCCCUGCACGGGGAACUGCAGGCACACGAAAUAAAAUAACUCCUGCUCAUUUGGAAUGCAACUCCUGGCACGGUGUUCCUGGAUCCCGGGGCUGCGUGGGGGCAGGGAAGCCUGUAGAUAAAUCUUACAUUUUUCUUCAUCUUAUUCCAGUUCUGUGAGGGAGGAGGUAUUUGUUUUUGUUUUUUUUAAUGGUCUUUUUUUUUUUCUUCAGUGCUAAGAAAAUUCUCUCCAUUAGGAGCUCGCUGACCUGUUUAUUCAGGUUUGUUUUGGGUUUGGGGUUUUAUUUCCUUCAUUGAUUUUUGUUGUUAUUUAAAACACACACACACACACACAAAAGAAAUGGAUCCAGGAUGGAUAAAUCCACCAAGAUACUGGCUUUUGGUCUCUCUCUACCCCAGUUCCUCAGGGCUGCUGGCCACCCCACCGCUAACUGGAAGAGGGAACAUGGGGGACAGAAGUGAGGGUUCUGAGCCUUUCGCUGCCCAUCCUCACCGCCAAUGCCAAGCCACCACACAGGCCUCGCCUGGACAGCGCCCUCAGUGCCAACCAGCCUCUGCCAGGCCCUCUCCCUCCCUCCCUCCCUCCCCCGGCCACGCCUCUGCGCAUCCUCUCAGCAGGAGCAAGCUGAGGCCUCGCCUGCUACAAGGAGGUCUUGGGAAGUGUUGGCUGAGGUUCUUUAGGACAGCGGACUCCCCCUGAGCAUGAGCGGAGCGGCGGAGGCUGCUGACCAGUGAGGAGGAAGAGAAGAGCCCUGCAGUGAACUGUUCUUGUGCCAAGAAACCCUGGACCUGGGGCCAAGUAUUUGCGGAGCCAAGCGUCCACACGUCUGUCGGGAAGGGGUGGCGGAGGCUGCUAGGCUACUCACCCCAUCCUUUCCUGGCGGUGCCACUCUGUGAGCAUGUGCUGGGGGCACACCUCCUCCUGCCCCCCCCCUUCCAGGGCAGAGGGAGGAGGCCUCGAUUCCUCAGACCCCACUCCCUGUGGUGUCUGCAAAGGACACGCUCUCCCCUGGCAUCCCCUGGACUACGCAUUUCUACUCAGUUCUUCUAGCCAGAGCCAUCCCCACCACCUCCCACCCAGUUCUUUGGCGGGGAGGGUACCCAGAAAACUCUUGUGAGAGGAACAUGAAGGUAAGUUUGCUUGUUCCUUCCCCGGUGUUGCCAGGCUGGAAGGAGGCGGCCACGUGACUGGCCUGGCUCCUUUGCAAGCCCCCACUCUUCCCACCUCUGCCCACCCUGCGCAAGUCACAGACAUUUGCUCUUAAAUUGCAAGAGACCAGCUCCAUCGUGGGAUUAGGGUUCAAGUCCAUUGGCACCCCACUGUGAGACAACUCAGGAUGCUGGUGACCCAAGAAUGCACCCAGCCCUCACUGCCCCCGUCUCCCAGGGCCAGGCCAACUCCAGCCCCCAAGGUCAAACCAGUGAACUCAGUCUCCCUCACAGUGACUCCUCAGCCCCAAGCGGCGGUGGCCACUGUGAAUCCGGUCGGAGAGAAGGGGACCUGCGCACUAGAAAAUGAUUAGAAGUCUUGUUCAUUCAAAUUUGGAAUAUCUUCCUGAAGAGAUUCUUUUGGCAGGGAGUGGCGAAAUUGGACUCCUCCAACAGUUCAACCAUUGUCGAUUUUUUUGACUUUUUAAAUCAUCAUUAUUUUUAAUUAAAAAAAUAUGCCUGUAUGCCUUUUUUUGGUCCAAUUGUAAAUAAAAAUACCAUUGUCCU